AUGGGAAGCACUACAAGCUCCAUUUACCCGCUCAUGCAUGAUGCGGCAUAUCCAUUUCUGUUUUGUACACUCUGCAAAUAUGCUGUACUUGUUCCAUCGAUAUGUGACCACUUAAAAGAUGUACACGAUGAUAAGAUCUCGACCAACCAGCGAAAGGCGGUGCGCGAGGCUGCAAGCCGGCUAUCUGGUAUGUAUCAGAGAAAAGAGGACAUGAUAAACUACAAGUUCCCCAGUCUAGGCGACUGUCCCAUUCCGCAUCUACGUGAUGCGGUCACGGAUGGACUUCGGUGCAACGAAUGUGGGUGGAUAACGAGAAGCAAACCACGGAUGCGAGCGCAUUGCGGCAAGACGCAUGCUGGCGGCAGCAAUUUGCGAUGGAGGGCCAACGUACAUUGUCAGCGGCUCUUUGCGAAGGGCCCAAACAGCGUCUGGUUUGAAGUUAGCCGGCAAGAGGACGUGGUUAGCAGCGACCUGACGGCAUGGCUCUUUGGGGGUGAUACUUCACUCCAAGCAGGUCAAACCGAUACGGGAUACUAUAAUACAACCGGCGAUAUCGAACCAUGUCAGCCGACGAUUGACGUAAACGACGCUGAGGCGCCGAAUCGGCCGAUUGAACAAAGCAGCCAACCCAAGGUCGAACUCAUUGAUCAACCUAUCUCUUCUAGCCAGUCGAGGUUAGACAGCGCGAGGCUCGAUCCAAGCUGGUUUGCCGUGGCUAAGAGCAGAGCUUGCUGCGUGCUCUGCACUGUCCGCGGGUUCGAGUGGCGAUGCAUGCUAAGCAUGACAAGCAGCGCCGCGGCCGCAAAAGAAAGCAGGACUAAAGAAGCCCAACGCGCGAACAGGGCGGCCGCGUGUGAUCUAUGCGGACUUCAGGACGAUUGGCAUGAGACAAAUACGCGCGGGCCAGAGGUAGCAGACAGCCGUCUGCAAGACGACAAGCUCAUUUGCGUCGCUCGCAUGGUUGCGCUUUGGGAGCAAAUGAAGCUAGCUGGCGCGUCAAUUGGCAAUUUCGACGCGAAGCAGAUGGCGGUGGCGUGUACAUGGCUGGAAACAGGCAAUACCGACAUAUAUAGCGACACCGGCGGUAACAUAGGCACGCGCGAACAGAAUAACAAGUAUGAAACGCCACGAGGCAAGACGGUUAUUCAGAAAAACGGCCAGAUCACACCCGCAGACGAACGCGAGGAGAGUGUGGACAUGUUUGUCGGGGAGGAGCUUAGCAUAAUCGAGAUGGACGCAAUACAAAGCUCUAUAUCUGCGCCAGUGAGUAGCGGCUACAAGCGAAAGGCCAGCAACGACUUGGAUAGUAGCCCGCUGGCGAAGUCGAGGAGAACCGGAGAAGCAAUAGACGAAAGAGAGUGUGCUGUCCCAUCUCUAUUUAAUGAGGCGAUAGUAGCACAGGUGCGUCGAACUGACACGGGAAUGUGGCACGAAGCGAUGCGCCAACACGAGCUGGAUGCGUAUACAAAGUGGUUAGAGCAGUAUCUAUCGGGCCAUGGAGACAACCGAAGCAAGGCUGUCGAAUUUAGGCGCUUACACAAUACGUGGAAGGGGAGGUGUGGUAUUUGCUGGUUUAGCUGUCGCGCAGCCAAACACUCGCCGGAUAUGUGCCCACACAAGAGUUCAGCGACAUGGAGGUCUGCCAUGCAACAAGCGGAUGUAAUCCGGAGCAAGGUGCUUACGAAAAGAACCGUGGAAGGAAAGGCAGUAGGAUGGCCCGCAAGCUCAGGAUGCUGGAAGUGCGGCUUGCCAGCUUGGCGGUGCGACAGCUUCGAGCGCAUACCGAGUCGCUUCUUCCGGCCCAGGGUGCCAGAGGUAGCAUGUCCGGAUGAGAAUCUGCUUCGGCAUAUUGCAGGGAGUGUGUUGGCGCAUUUUGAGGCAGGGGCAGCAUGCGUGGUAGCGCACGUAAAGGAGAGCUGGGGUCAGGAGAAGACUAGACUUGAUAGCCAGGACGGCAUCGAAUGGCUGCAGGAUUAUAGCUGUUGGACGAAUCCAGAGUGUAGCUUCUUUGCGUUGGUUGUGUUUGAGUUGGAAAAAUUCGGCGCUCUAGCACGGUCCAUCUAG